AUGCACCAAGCUCCCCAAGAGGAAAGUUCAGACUCUACUCGUCUCUCAGCAAAGAGACAACGUGACAAAAGACCCCAGUUGUCAGACGCGAUGCGCGCGAGGCUAGGCCCACAGGAGCCUAGCAGGCCAAGGCCGCCAGCAGCGACAGCUUGGGGAGCGCAACCUGACCUUUUGGUCACUCCCAUGGUGCAGAAUGUUCCCCCGCACCAAGCGGUACGACAAGCUGGGAGAAACCUCCCAAACGAGCCAUCCACUGGCUCCAUCAGCAAAAGGUUAGACGACAUGCUCUCCACGAUUUUUUACUCUCAUAUUGUUCAUUACGACCCCCCAAGGGGAUUCCUCGUGCCUAAAUUCUCCAUGUAUGUUGGGUCCACCGACCCCUUCGACCACAUCAUGCAUUAUCGACAACUCAUGACUCUCGAUAUAGGAAACGAUGCGCUGCUAUGCAAAGUAUUUCCUGCCAGCCUACAAGGGCAGACCCUCUCAUGGUUUCACCGCCUACCUCCCAACUCUGUUGAUAAUUUCAGAGACCUGUCGGAAGCUUUCGUGGGACAAUACUUAUGCUCCGUUCGGCAUAAACAAAACAUCAACACUCUACAAAACAUAAAAAUGCAGGAGAACGAGUCUUUGAGGGAAUUCGUGAAGAGGUUUGGUCAGGCCGUGUUACAAGUAGAGGCUUACAACAUGGAUGUUGUCCUGCAGAUCUUCAAGCGAAGCAUCUAUCCAGACACCCCAUUCUUCAAAUCGCUAGCUAAGAAGCCUCCUACGACGAUGGGCGACUUGUUCCGGCGCGCGAGCAAAUACUCAAUUCUCGAAGAUGACGUGCGAGCAGCCACCCAGCAAAUCUUGGUUGUCGGACAGGCAUCCAGAAGUGGUGCGGAAAGAAGUGCCAAACUUCCGGACCGGCCAAGGCCGUCCGGUCGAAGGCAGGAAGAACAAAGCCGCUCGGAACCGCCGCCCCUCACACCCUUUUCCAUAUCCUAUGAGAAGCUUCUCCCUAUGAUCCAAGACAUGUCCGACUUCAGGUGGCCCGGAUCCCUCAGAACGGACCCAUCCAAAAGGGAUCAUAGUAAAAAAUGUGCCUACCAUAAGGAGCAUGGUCACACAACGGAGAAGUGUAGGAGCCUCCAUUAUUUGGUCGAAAAGCUCAUAAGGGCGGGACAUUUGAAGCAGUACCUUCGCUCAGAUGCCAGAGGUAGAGACGCUUCCCGAAAUCACAACUUUGGAACCCCCAGGCUUCUAGCCGCUCCCAAAGCCAUUAUAAACUAUAUCAACGGAGACCCAUUGGACGAGGAAUACGACUCCAAAUGA